AUGUCGGGCUUGGAUCAGGCGGCCCAAAGGGUUUGUUGUUUUUUCUCAAUUAGCGAUUUUUUUAGUUAUUAAAACUUGAGAACAAAACGCUGAGCCGUGUUCUUUCAAAUCAUUAAAAAAGAAAAAAAAGUCUAUCUAGAUAUUUUAAAGAUUUGAAAGGCGUGAGAGCGACUUGAUGACAAAAACUAGGAGAAAAAAAAGAUGGCGGCUAUUAAUUAAUUCAGUUGAAUAGACUUUAAAACUAGAAGCGCAUAACUUACGCGCAAAGUCCAGUUUUUCUCUUAUUUUUUCAAAUAAUUCAAGAAAAUCGAUGAAAAGAUGCCUCAAAUUUUUCACAAAAAAAUAUAUUUACUCUUUGAAAACUGAUGAAAUAUUUACAGAGGGCUGCAAAUAUUCAUGAACUCGACACGAUUAUCCUGCUAACCUAUGUGUCCGUGAUGGUUCUCAUUGUGCUCACAGCUUGGCUUUUCAAGCAUUAUCGUAUGCGAUUUUUUUGCACGAAAGCGGCCUGACUCUUAUUUAUGGUACAGAUUUCCACCAAUAAAUUUUUUUAAUUUUUUUGAAUUAACCAGGGAUUUUCAUCGGCUUCGUUAUCCGCUACUUCGGCUUGGGUUUGCUACCGGCAACGACUUUUUGACGUUAUAGUCAAAAAAAUGAGACCAUCGUCGUGAAAGAACCGCCGGAUUAUCUCAGGUUUCGACGUUUCUGAUAAAGUUUUUCAAACUAAAAAAAGAUAUCCUCAAAAAUUUUUUUACUAACGAGAAAAAAAUUCAAAAAAAUUGUAACAUUUUUCAUUGUGAUUUUUCAGAUUGGAAAUAUGGCCGGACAAAAGAAUACCACGUCUCUUUUUCACUACGAGCUGAUCGAAGGUUUUUUUCGGCGACAAACACAAUAAAGCCGAGAAACAAAUCGAACAGAAGGUAAAUUUAUUUCUUGAAAACUGCAAACUACAGAUUUUAGACGGUUUUUCUCGCCAGAGGUGUUUUUUUAAUCUGAUUCUUCCUCCGAUUAUUUUUUUAACGCCGGUUAUUCUUUGAAAGUUUUUUUAAAUUGAAUGUUAAGAAACUCAAAGAUUUUGCUUCAGAAACGACAUUUUUUUCGGAACAUUGGGAGCAUUUUAGCAAUAGUUUUUCUUGGAACGACCAUAUCCUGCCUAGCAACUGGGUAAGUUUUCUCAAGACUAUGCAAAUAUUUUCGUUCAUAUUUUAUUGCGAAUUUUAGAUUUUUGAUGUUUAUAUUUACGAGCGUUUUUGGUAUGGCCUACAGUUUUCAAGAACUGCUCCUUUUUGGCGCAAUGAUUUCGGCAACCGAUCCUGGUGAUUUCUUGGAAUUUCGUUUGUUUUGAUAAAAAAAAUUGUUUUAGUCACCAUAAUAUCCGUUUUCAACGAAAUACAAGUGGAAUCAGAUCUAUUUGCUUUGGUUUUCGGAGAAAGUGCGAUGAACGAUGCAGUAGCCAUUGUACUUUCAAAGUGAGUUUCUAAAAAACUUUGCACAAAUUUAACCAUUUUUUCAGUGUCAUCGAAGAUUUUUCCGCUUCGAGUAAAGCCUUGACCCUUGGCGACUUGGGUUCGGCCUUCGCACAGUUUGGAAGCGUCUUUUUUGGUUUUUAACCCGAACUUUUUUCUUUUUUUUUCAACCUAUGGUUCAGGUUCUGUUUCGCUCGGCUUCACAAUAGGAUGCUUAAAUGCAUUUUUAACAAAGAUGACUCAAAUCUCCGAUCAUCCUUUGUUGGAGAGCACUCUUUUCGUCUUGAUCUCCUAUAUUUCUUUCUUACUUGGAGAAGUUGCCGGUUUCACAGGUAACUUCAAUUUCAUAUGAACUGGAGCUUUCGAAUUUUUCAGGAAUUGUAUCGGUGUUGUUCUGCGGUAUUGCUCAAGCUCACUACACGUUCAAUAAUCUCUCGAAAGAGUCGCAGGACGGAACGAAGUCGUUUUUCCAUGUAACUCAUUAAUUUUUGGCUUUUUUUUCUUGAAAGGGGUAAACUUCCGGGUGAAAUUCUAGGAUGAUAUCCAAAAAAAUUCUUUUUUCGCACUUUUGACUUUUCAGAUGAUAUCGUUCAUCUUGGAAAGCUUCAUUUUCUGCUACAUUGGUGUGAGCGUUUUUGUUGCGGACAACCAAAAAUGGAAUUUCGGUUUUCUCUUCUUUGCCCUGGUGAGCCUUUUACAAAUGAAUUUCCAAAUGGCUUGGAGUAAUUCUAGAUAUCGAUCGUGGCUGCUCGUGGCUUGUUUGUCUAUCCAUUAUGCUUUCUGCUUAAUUUGAAGAGGAGGCCUGUCAUUCCAAAGAGGUUUUUCUUUCGGCUUCGCAUCAAAUAAAAGACUUUCGUAUUGAAAUUUGUAGAAAAAAUGGGAAAAAAACGGAAAAUUUUGAAGAGAUAAAAAUUGCUGUUUAGGUACCAACAUAUGAUCAUGUUCUCGGGACUUCGUGGAGCCAUGGCCUUUGCACUUGCGGCGAGAAAUACUUCUACAGAAAAAAUAGACAGGUCUCUUCUUUGUUUUUUUUCUCGUUUUUAAAUGAAUUUAGCAUUGGAAACUUUGAUAAAAUAAAAAUUGAUAAUCUUUAGAGCAUUUAUGAUCUUGCAAAGAGUUGGCCCAGAUUUAAUCAAUUUUCCAUGGCUUCGCAAAAAUAAUCGGUCUUUUAGUAAAUGCCGAAAUUUCUACGUCAAACAUCAUAAGCAAAGAAAUCGUAGUUAAAGAAACUAAAUACCACAUGUCGUUUUUUUUAUCGCGAUAAAAUCUUGGUUCGCAAGCACGGUGGUGAUAAAUAAUUCCAAAAACUACAAGUUAUGAACAUAUUACAGGUCAUUUACGCUACAACUGCUGCUAUCGUCAUGAUAACGGUGUUCUUCAAUGGUGGCUUAACAUCCUGGAUGAUAGAUUACCUCAAGAUCAAGUAUGGAUUUUCUCAAAGCGAAUAUAAAAAUUUAAACGAUACUUUUUGCAGACAUGGUAAAGAUGCAGUUGACGAAAACCGGGACGGUGUGGAUAAUCAGUUGGCCGUGGUACUUUUUAACAUUUUACAAAUUUUUUGGCUCCCGGUUAAACUUUUGAUGAAAUUUGGAAGAAAUGCGCGUGAGGUCCUCGUGAUUACAGAGAAAACAUAUCUCGCAUUUGAUCUUGCUUUCGAAUUAUGAUUAGUCCUACCUUCCAAUAAAUGCAUUUUUUUAUUAUUAAUUAAAAAUUCGAGAGUUUCAAAAAGCUGAUUGUUCAAAAAACCUACUGCAAGAAUUAAGAGGUCCUCAAGUGCAUUUCAGCCAAGUUUCAUCAAAAUUUCGAACGAAGGGUAAAAAAAGUUUUCUUGUAAACUAUUUUUAAAAAUACCUCCUUUCAGGAAACUGACGAUGUUACACUGAUUACAAGUAGUUUUUGCACCACCUGGAUCGAAUCCAUGGGACAAGGCGUUUCUGCCGAGAAAGUGGUACCAUUUCGAUGCCAAGUAAGCGUAGUUUGUAUUUAUUGAUUAUAUCUUGUUUUUGUGUCAUCUGAUCUUCAAAAAAAUUUUUUUCUUAAAAAUUUUUUUCAUCAUAUUCAGAAAGUUUCGAAAACAAGAUUGAAAUUUUUUUAGAGUUUAUCUAAAAGAUUUUUUUGACUAAUAGCUAAUUUAAAUUGCUAUCGAAGCAUUUUCAAUUGAGAAUUUUUUUAGUUUCAUGAAGCCGCUGCUGACGCAUGCAGUUCCUUCUCUGGAACAAACUUUGCCCCCAUUUUGCCUACCCAUCGCCUCUAUACUGACGUCUUCCAAGCAAAAAAUGGUUUGUUUCAUUUCUAUAUUCUUCAAUCUGAAAACUUUCAAAAUCAGAAUUUUGCUCUUUUUAACUGUCAGAGAAUAAAUCGUAAUUUGAAUUCGAUAAACACAAAGUUAGAAAAAAGCCGAGAAUUCAGGGAGCGUCUCAACGACCGCAGGCGCCUCAAUAGUUGUUCUGUGA